AUAUGUACGAAGGGGAGAAAACACAUAAUGAAAUAUCUCCAUAUAGAAGCCAUAAAGGAGGAACGAAAGCGAGGUAUUUUACACGAAUCAGAGAUGAAACGAUUGGCUCGUAAAUCAUUGCCUCCUCAACAAACUUCUGAUGAAUUUCGUAAUAUUGUCGAGAGUCCAGAUUCGAAAUGGAAACGUCACACCGUUUUAUCUAGCGACUCUGGUUAUAGUACCACUGACAGUCUGGAGAAAUGUGGCUGGUCUCCAUCAGAGGUAACCAAUGAUUUGGAUGCCGCCAACAGUUUAGCUCUGAAAGCUGCAGAGGCUGUGAGAGAACAUCGCCAUGGACGUGACGGGGAUUAUCAUCGAAGAUUCCAUGAUACGCAUAAAGUGAUUCCCAACAACCUGGAUACGUUUGAUCAUACCCUACCCCCUCCCCCGUAUUCUCACCCUCAUAAUUCUCACCACCCCCAACCCCUGUCCCCCGUGAACGAACCACCAACACCAACAAACCUUGUUCCACCCUCUCAACUUUUGACACCACCGGGCCACGAGGAUGAAUUUACGCGGGAACUACAAAGACAGAAGAGCGACUAUGACAGACGGAAAAAACUUGCAGAACAAAUUCGAAUUCAGCAAGAAGAGGAGGAGAGGGAGGAACGUAGAAGGGCCGCCGUCAAAAUACAAGAGGAACAGAAAUUACUUCUCGAAAAACAACGGGAUGAACUGAAACACAGGGAGGAAGAAAAGUUAAUAGAAGAGUCAAGAAGGCGGGAAGAAGAAACGAGACGAUUGGAGGAUGCCAGACGUCACGAGGAAGAGAAACGAAGGCAGGAGGAAAUCAGAAAGCAGGAAGAGCUUCAGCGUAAAGCUGAGGAGGUCCGUCGUCAAG